GGCGACCGCGCAACAAUGCCCUCCUCCCCGCGCGCAGGAGGGGGCUGGCGGGCGCGGGCGGGGUCGUGGCGGCAGAGCGGGCGGAGCGCUCCGACCAGGUCGCUACUUCACCCUUCGGCUCCCAGGGCCCGCCGGCCGGGGACGGCGCCAGUCGCGUCUUCGGGCCUACGUGCGUCGCGACACGGCGCGGGGCGGGCCUGGGACGUCCCCUCGGCCCUCGCGGAACCAGUCUCCCCCGAGGCCGCACCGACCGGGACGGAGAAGGCGGGUCGUCCAGAGCCUGCGAGUCGGGAGCUAGAGCGGCCAGGCCACCGAGCUGCUGGCGACCGCUGCGUCACGCGAGGGGCGGGGUCGCCGCGGGCGGAGGCUGGAGCCGGAAGCGGAAGAGGCGCUCCGAGCGGGGAGUGGGGCCUAGCCGCAGCCUGAGCCUGGGAGACGAUGCAUCACUGUAAGCGAUAUCGCUCCCCUGAGCCAGACCCGUACCUGAGCUACCGAUGGAAAAGGAGGAGGUCUUACAGUCGGGAACAUGAAGGGAGACUUCGGUACCCGUCUCGAAGGGAGCCUCCGCCCCGGAGAUCUCGGUCCAGAAGCCAUGACCGCCUGCCCUACCAGCGGCGAUACCGGGAGCGCCGUGACAGUGACACGUACCGGUGUGAAGAGCGGAGCCCAUCCUUUGGCGAGGACUGCUACGGAUCGUCACGUUCCCACCAUCGCCGGCGGUCACGGGAGAGGGAGCCGUACCGGGCCCGCAAGCAUGCGCACCACUGCCACAAACGCCGCACCAGGUCUUGUAGCAGCGCCUCCUCGAGAAGCCAACAGAGCAGUAAGCGCAGCAGCCGGAGUGUGGAAGAUGACAAGGAGGGCCACCUGGUGUGCCGGAUCGGCGAUUGGCUCCAGGAGCGAUAUGAGAUUGUGGGGAACCUGGGCGAAGGCACCUUUGGCAAGGUGGUGGAGUGCCUGGACCACGCCAGAGGGAAGUCUCAGGUCGCCCUGAAGAUCAUCCGCAACGUGGGCAAGUACCGGGAGGCCGCCCGGCUAGAAAUCAACGUCCUCAAGAAGAUCAAGGAGAAGGACAAGGAGAACAAGUUCCUGUGUGUCUUGAUGUCCGACUGGUUCAACUUCCACGGUCACAUGUGCAUCGCCUUUGAGCUGCUGGGCAAGAAUACCUUCGAGUUCCUGAAGGAGAAUAACUUCCAGCCUUACCCGCUGCCGCACGUCCGGCACAUGGCCUACCAGCUCUGCCACGCCCUUCGCUUUCUCCACGAGAACCAGCUGACACACACGGACUUGAAGCCGGAGAACAUCCUGUUUGUGAAUUCGGAGUUUGAAACCCUCUACAACGAGCACAAGAGCUGCGAGCAGAAGUCGGUGAAGAACACGAGCAUCCGUGUGGCGGACUUCGGCAGUGCCACCUUCGACCACGAGCAUCACACAACCAUCGUAGCCACGCGGCACUACCGGCCCCCGGAGGUGAUCCUCGAGCUGGGCUGGGCACAACCCUGCGACGUCUGGAGCAUUGGCUGUAUUCUCUUCGAGUACUACCGGGGCUUCACGCUCUUCCAGACCCACGAAAACCGAGAGCAUUUGGUGAUGAUGGAGAAAAUCCUGGGGCCCAUCCCAUCACACAUGAUCCACCGAACCAGGAAGCAGAAAUAUUUCUACAAAGGGGGCCUGGUUUGGGAUGAGAACAGCUCUGAUGGCCGGUAUGUGAAGGAGAACUGCAAACCUUUGAAGAGUUACAUGCUCCAGGACUCCGUGGAGCACGUGCAGCUGUUUGACCUGAUGCGCCGGAUGCUAGAAUUUGACCCUGCCCAGCGCAUCACACUGGCGGAGGCCCUGCUGCACCCCUUCUUCGCUGGCCUGACCCCUGAGGAACGGUCCUUCCACAGCAGCCGCAACCCCAGCAGAUGACAGACAUAGCCACCGCGCGAGGGCGGGCCUGGGCUGGCCGGCCCCUGGCUCCAGCUGCUCACCCCCGGGCCCCCGGGCCCCCGGCACCAGUGAACAGUGCAAUGUGAAGGGAGGGAGGGAGGGAGGACCUGGGGGGAAGACCUGACGCCCAGCUGCCAGGAAGCACAGAUUUGACCCCAGCUAUUUAUAUGUUGUAAAGUUAUAAUAAAGUGUUUCUUACUGUUUGUAA